UGAUGCUUCAGGAGUCUCUCAAAUGAUAUCCAUGUCGUCAGAAGAGAAAAACUAUUAUGAAAUUGGCCGAAAGCACUGUAAGUCUGAGGUGAAGGGACAGGAUGAGAAAAACUUCAUUACGAUGACAACCAAGACCAUUUUGUUUGAUGCUGAGCAGCCCAGAGAGUCUGUUGUGAAACACACUAUAAAUGUGCCUCUGCUGAAGAAAAGAGAGAAAUUGCCAUCAACUCCAGCCUCUUAUAUUGCAUCACAUCCUAAAUCAGAAAAGCAUGAGAAUUCUUUGAAGAAUGUAACUGAGACACCUACUGUAUCAUCACCUGGAGACCAAAUUAGCUCCCAGAUGAAUAGUGCUUGCUGUGAUUCACCAGAAGAAUCAAAGGAUGCACGACCAUCGUCAAGGUUAGGAUUUGUUGCUGUGGAGUCAGAUGCAGAUAAUCAAGAGAGUGCCAUAGCAAACACUGAAAAGCAGCAUGUAGCUGUAAAUCAGCGACCUCCCAGUAGCAAGCGUCAGCUAAAAAGCUCUGACAAAAAAGCACCUAACACAGAUUUACAAAAUACACCCUCAUGCCCUACCUCAAAAGGCAGUCGUGUGUUCAGACGACCUUUGUCUGCUUCUGCUGCCAUUGGACAGCCACCGAGUGGUGCAGAUGCUCGUAGAGCAAGUGAAGCAGCAAAAGCACUCCGACAAGCGAAGGAGGAAGCAUGUCAGCAUCAAACAGCGGCUGCAUCACGCUUCCAAGAAACAAGGCGGCAUUAUGGAUCAUAUGGAUCCUCACGACCACCAACAGGACAUCAAAAGAAUGCAAUGUCAUACACUGGUCAACAGAUAGUGCUAAAAAGCAAAAUGCCGGAUGAUGAGUUUGAGACCGAAACAUCAAUGGAAUGCAGAGAGAUGCAAAAGCGCCUGGCAUGCUAUGGCAUUGAUGUCAAGGCAGAGACCCUUGAAAGAGCUCUGUUUCCACCUAGUGGAAAAACUCUGUAUUAUGAAGUCACUGCCAAGCUGCCUCAGUCAAACUCAGACAGGUUGCUCAGCCAUCCUCGUUUCUGGUUGCCAGAAGAGCACAAAAGGCUUCGUCUUGCAGAGAAAAAGCUAGCACUUGCUGAAUUAUCACUUUGGUACCAAAGGAAGGAGGAAGAGAGAAAGGCAAAACUUGCAGCACAGAAGGAAAAAGGAAAGAAUGUGAAAAACAAAAAGAAAAAAGGGAAAAAAAUGUUAGGGCGCAGUCAAAGCAUUGUGCUAAAAACAUUGAUGGAUACGAAAGCCCUCAGUUGCUGUGGCUUUUGCAGUUUUUAAUUAAAAAAAUAAAUAUUUAAAUGCAGAUGUGAAUGUUCAAGCUAUAAUUAAUAAUAAUAAGCGAGAAUUUAUGUAGCACAAUAUCUCAGCCAAAGGCCAACUCAUUGUGCUGAACAAGAUCACGAAACAGUCAUUAAAAUGAAGAACAAUGUGACGACUUGCAUUAUUUCUUUAAAUUGCCAUUUUUAUAAAGUUCGGUGGUUAUAGCCAAAGAUACAAAAAAACACGUUAGUAACAGGAAAGUCUGAUGUUCCUGGGAGUGUAUGCAAUAAUUUUUGGUGUGCUGAUUUUAGUUCCAUGAUUUUAAAUGCCUUUUUUAGUUAUGGGCAUCUGUGAUAAGUCUUUUUGUGAUGUCUUGCUUUUUUAAAAAAUGAACACGAGUUUCACUUGCAAUUAAAAAAAUAUAUGCUCAUCUAAUCAUUAUUAUUGAAUAUUUAUUCAAAUCCAGAAUUGAUGACAAAAUCUGCAAUGAUCUGUGUAAGCUAGCAAAAGCAGUUUGUUUGAGACAGCACUUGUUAUAAAAUUGUUUAAUGUCCAAUAAUAAAUUUGUGGCUAUCACAAUCAUUGUGUUCAGAGUCAAGUUUCAUACACACACAUAACCUAUAUAAAUUAAAACAAAAUGAUGCUUGUAAGUUGAAAUACAAAUAUUCAGAAAUAAUCCAAGAAACAUUCACAAAAACAUGUAUUGUGCCACAGUCAGUUCAAAUGGCUCGCAUUCUAUAAUCUUUAACUUCUCCAGUAAGUCAGGACUCAGAUGGCACUCUGCCCAGCAGCUGACACACAAACAAGUAUGUGUAAAGGGUGUACAUUAAUGGUCUUAUACAUAUCAAAUUACAUAGAGAAUGGCCCACAGUACUGUCAUAUAAAAGAUGACUAAAAAACAGUUACAAAAUAUUCUGUUCUUUUCAGAUUAAAAAAAAAUUAGAUGUAAUAAAAGUAUUACAUG